AUAUAUAUAUAUACGUGUGUAUGUAUAUAUAUGUAGUUUUUCAUAGCAAUAUGCGAGUAAACAUUAUCCUGUUGGCAUCUAGAAAAUCUUUGUAGGAAGCAAGUUAUAAAUAUCGGAACAAAACGCGGGUGUAGUUAUAUCAGAUUUAAAAGGAAGGACGUGACCAUUGUAAUUAUCAUUUGCAAACAUGGGAAUCAUUUUGUCCACAUUUCGUAGAAAGAAAACGACUAUUGAAAUUUUAGAAGAAUUAGAUUCGAAAAUAAAAGAAAUACAAGAAUAUGGGCAAAAUACUGAACAAAGGCAUAAAAAGAUUGUGGGAACACUUGUCAUUUAUAGUGUUGCUCUUUAUAUCACGACAGCCUUCAUUUUCUAUUUUUACUUCUUCCCAGCCUCUUUGUACGAUCAAUUAUUCUAUAUUACUCCGUUAUUAAUUUUUCCAAUUUUAAUACUGUUAACUAAAAAAAUGGUAUCAUGGUACUACAAACAGAAAAUAUCUCAGAAUCAAGAAAAAUUGAUAACAAUGCAACGAGAGAAGACUAAAAUUUUAGAUGAAGUUACCGAAACACAAACUUAUAGAAAGGCCAAAGAAAUUUUAUUGAGAUUUGCACCGGAUCAACUUACAAUGAUAUCAGCACCCGUUAAAGUACUACCACAGGCAGUAGAAAAAUUACGAAAACCCAACGUAUCACAAGUUACUACAUCUUCUUCACCUGAUAUGGGAGAAUUAAGAAAAAGAACUAUAGGAAAUUCUGAUCAAUCGUUGAAUGUUUCAAGUGGUACCAAUGCUCAAAUUUUACCUGUUGAUGCAACUCCUAUUAAAAACACACCGUUGAACACUCCUCUUCAAAUUGGUACUAGAAUGCUUUAUAGGACAUCUAUGGGAAACAAAUCGCCUGAGUAUACAUUAACACGCCCCGUACUGCCGCAUCAGAGAAGCGUUUUUGACCGAUUAAUUGAUUACUUAGUUGGUGAUGGCCCAUCAAAUCGUUACGCUUUAAUUUGUCGUCAAUGUGAAUGUCAUAAUGGAAUGGCUCUUAAAGAAGAAUUUGAAUAUUUAGGAUUCAGGUGUUGUUAUUGCAAUUUUUGGAAUCCUCCAAAGAAGCAGAAGCCAGGUGUCCAAAAAAUAGAAGAUCUUUAUAAUAUUUCUCCAACUUCUGCUACAUCUACGGUCGAAUUGUCCAAUAAAACCACUGAAACAGCUAAAAUUUCAGAAAUAGAUGCGUUAUGUUCGUCUGAUAUUGAUUCAGAUAUUGAACUGGUCGAAAAACCGACAGAAAUAUCGGAAAAUCGAAAUCAGGUUGAUGGCGAUUCCAAUGAAGAAAUGCAAAGCUCGCAAACGAACCAAUUCAGCACAAAUCCAUUCGCGGAAGAUAUGGAAGUCGAUGAUUGAUAUCAUUAAUAUUCAGUCGGCAUAGGUACUCUAUAUUACUGUUGAUAAUGACAUCAAUAAUGCAGCGCAAUAUAAUAUAAUUAUGUUUUAUGUUCAGUAGUGGUCAAUUAUA